ACUGUCUGCUCAGGCAGAGGACUGUGUAAAGGACAGUCAAGAAGUAAGAAGGUGACAGUCAUGCUUUAAUCUUACAUAAAUGUUAUAAUUAUAUUGAAGUAUUUUUUAUAAGUGUUUAAUACGUUUUCUCUAAGUCGAAAGGGUGGGAAAACUUUUCUUCUUCCCUUCAUAGUUUUUUUCACAAAAUACGAGGGCGUUUACAGGCGCGAUUAGCACAGCAAAAUCCUUUUUUUGUUUUUUUUGGUUUUUUUUUUCCCUUCCCCCCCCCCCCCCCCCCUACUUCCCUCUGUUUCUGCGGGGCACCUGUGUGGUUUCUGGGGCAGGUGGGCGCGGCUGUGAGCCCCGGGCAGGAGCAGGUGGGCAGAGCAGCAGGAUGGAGGCGGUGGACGUGCCGCCCGAGGGCUACUCCCUGAUCAAAGCCGUGUACCAGCGGCGCCUGCGGCUCACCCGGCUGCUGAUCGACGGCGGGGCCUACGUCAACGAGAGCAACAGCCGCGGGGAGACCCCGCUGAUGAUCGCCUGCAUGACCAAACACGCCGACCUGCAGAGCGCCAGCAAGGCCAGGAUGGUGAAAUACCUGCUGGACAACAAGGCUGACCCCAACAUCCAGGACAAGUCCGGCAAGACGGCCCUGAUGCACGCUUGCCUGGAAAAGGCGGGCCCUGAGGUGGUGUCUCUGCUGCUGAUGAGUGGGGCUGACCCCAGCCUGCCAGACCACUCCAACUGCUCUGCCCUGGUGUAUGCAAUAGACGCUGCGGACAGGGACACCCUGGAGGUGCUGCUCAAGGCCUGCAAGGCACGAGGGAAGGAAGUGAUCAUCAUCACCACGGACAAAUCCGCCUCAGGGAGGCAGAAAACAAAGCAGUACCUGAACGUGCCUCCUCCAGACCUGGAGGAAUGCAUUUCCCCAGCUGACUGCACCUCCCCGUCAGAAAUAGAGUCAGAAGAGGGUCCAGAAGACCCAUUCAGCUUUAAAGAGCUGUAUGGUGGACAGCAGGUAGACAGCUCCUCAGAAAGGGUGCCCCUGAUGACCAAGCCCAGCUCCACACCAGCACGGUUCAAGCUGACACAGGUGCUGCAGUGUGAUCCGUGGCUGAACUGCUGUCCACCAGUGUUUCAGCAGAGGAGAAUUGCUUCUUCUCAAGAGCUUCGGGAUACCAGUCCCAUAGAAGAGCUCUCCUGUAAAGCCAGUGGCCUUGACUUGUGCAAGUGUGUCGCCUGCACUCACGACAGUAGAGACAGGAAAGUCUCUGCUCAGGUACUGAAAACCGCUGAUCAAACCUUGUCAAGGAAAGCAUUGCGUGAUGCAAUAAACUAUCAGACUCCUUUCGUUGAAGAGAAACAUAACCCCAGUGAGAUUCCCAUGGGCAUGAAUGCCAGUUUGGGACAAAUUGGCUUACUUUCCAACUUUGGCAGUAUUAUCAAGAAAGGAAGUGGAGAGCCAAAUUACAGCAACUCCAGCUCUCAGUUAACUAACAGUCUAAUUCCCACUGCUGAUACAAAAGGCAGCAGGUCACCAAAAGGAAACAGAGAGAUUCUUUCUACGUACCAGACUUUGCUACCAAGUCCGAGAAGAGCUCUGGAGAUGUCUCCCGUUUCUCCGAGUGGCAGGAAUCGGGCUCCUCUGGAGGGAGAGGGUUCAGGAGCCUUAGCGUUGGAUCAGACGAGGCCAGGGUUCCUGCCCCCACUGAGCGCGAGCCCCCGCUCCCCAGGUCCAGAGCUCACUGUCAUAAACACAGUUUCUGGAAUGAUUUCUUAUGGACAAACUCACCUAGUACCACCAGGAUCUGCUUUCCCUAAGGGGAACAAAGAUACGAAUCUGAUGCGGAGGAGGCCGUAUGAGCAGAUAACAGUCUAA